GUGGACUGGAGGUUAUUAGUGGACUGAAGGCUGCAGGGCCGCUCCUAUAACCAGGAAUGACCCACAUUCCCUGCUGUUGCAAGAUGUUGGAUCUCUUUGUUUGAUGAGCGUCAGUUAUCAGUUAGAAUACAAAGUAGUCAGAACAUCCAACAUCCAGGAGCACAGGCGUGAGUACGAUAUUGUGGGAACACAUUUUAUAAUCAGCACAGUGUUCUUAUUGUGUUCUUACUCUGUCCCCACUACACCUACGCCCUUGACUAUAUCAACAUAAUUACAACAUGGAGACAGUGUCAUCAUUCAUCAUCAUUCAUGCCUGUCUGUUUGUUUGCCUGGGCGUCUCUCAGUCUGUCCGCCAGCCCAUUGGUGUUUCGACAAGCAACAGCAGCAGUAACUGUGACCGUGCACUGUGGAGUUCUACGGUGCGCUACGGCCACGGCCCUCAGGUGUCAAGGGUGCACUGCUGAUCUGUCACUCUCCGUCACAAACCGUUUUGCUGACCACACCCAGACGUUUUCCACGACAGGCGUCUACUUGUAGUGGACGCAGCACCUUUCCUGGUCUGCUCUCCUUUAAGCUUGUUUGUUGUCCCAUCUAAAGCGUUGUGCUAGUGUUCACAGUGCUGUCGCACGCAGCACAAACCCUCAGAUAGGAGAUGUGUAAAGGACAGAAUGAGCUCCUGGUGAGCCUGUGGUGAGUGACGGCGAGUUGAUGUUGAGUGUGUGGCUGACCGACUCAUCAUCAAAGGCGGGAAGGUUGUUAAUGACGACCAGUCUUUCUACGCAGACAUUUAUGUCGAGGAUGGCAUCAUCAAGCAGAUCGGUGAGAACCUGAUAGUUCCAGGAGGGGUGAAGACAGUGGAUGCCUAUGGACACAUGGUGAUACCCGGGGGCAUCGAUGUCAACACCAGCCUCCAGGCGCCACAGCUGGGCAUGUGCCCCGCGGACGACUUCUACCACGGGACCAGGGCAGCUCUGGCUGGGGGCACCACCAUGAUCAUUGACCAUGUGGUCCCUGAGCCAGGGGCCAGCCUCCUGGGGGCGUACGACCAGUGGAGGGACCUAGGCGAUCGGAGGUCCUGUUGUGACUACUCCCUGCACAUGGACAUCACACGCUGGCAUGAUGGACUGUUUGAGGAGCUGGAGAGCCUGGUCAAGGAUAAAGGAGUCAAUUCCUUCUUGAUCUUCAUGUCUUACAAGGACAAAUUCCAAAGCUCUGAUAGCCAGAUGUAUGAGAUGUUCAGCAUCAUUAGAGACCUGGGUGCCAUCGCUCAGGUCCAUGCAGAGAACGGCGAUAUCAUUGAUGAGGAGCAGAAGCGACUGCUGGAGCUCGGGAUCACUGGACCUGAGGGACAUGUGCUGUGUCACCCAGAGGAGGUGGAGACAGAGGCUGUGUACCGGGCCAUCACCAUUGCUAAGCAGGCCAACUGUCCACUCUACAUCACCAAGGUGAUGAGCAAGUCCGCCGCGGACGUCAUCGCCAAGGCCAGGAAGAAGGGCAUGGUGGUCUAUGGUGAGCCAAUCACAGCCAGCCUUGGGACAGACGGAUCACACCAUUGGAGUAAAAACUGGGCUAAGGCUGCAGCGUUUGUCAUGUCCCCGCCCAUCAACCCAGACCCCAGCACCCCUGAAUACCUCAGCUCCCUGCUGUCUUGUGGAGACCUUCAGGUGACGGCCAGCGGCAACAGCACUUUCUCCACGGCCCAGAAGGCUGUUGGGAAAGACAACUUCACCCUCAUUCCAGAGGGUACAAACGGCAUCGAGGAGAGGCUUGCUGUUGUCUGGGAGAAGGCUGUGGCGACAGGCAAGAUGGAUGAAAAUGAGUUUGUCGCAGUCACAAGCACCAAUGCUGCCAAGCUGUUUAACCUGUACCCUCGUAAAGGAAGAAUUGCUGUGGGGUCAGAUGCUGACAUCGUCAUCUGGAACCCCAAGGAGACAAGAACCCUCUCAGCAACAACCCAUACAUUGACAGUGGAGAUCAACAUCUUCGAGGGCAUGGAGGUGCGGGGAGCACCGGUGGUGGUGAUCAGCCAGGGGAAGAUAGUUCUGGAGGACGGGAAGCUGGACGUUACUGAAGGCUCUGGACGCUUCGUGCCCAGGAAGGCCUACCCCGACUAUGUCUACAAAAGGAUCAAAGCACGCAGCCGGAUGGCUGAUGCCCGCGGUGUCCCACGCGGGAACUACGAUGGGCCGGUCCACGAUGUCAUCAGCAUGACCAAGUCGGUGCCGGCCACUCCCACCAGCAGAAUGCCCCAGUUUCCCGGGAAGGGCCCCCUCGGCCCCGCCAGGAACCUGCACCAGUCUGGCUUCACUCUGUCCGGUAUGGGAACACAGAUAGACGACCACAUCCCCAGGCGCUCGGCACAGAGGAUUGUGGCGCCACCCGGUGGCCGCACCAAUAUUACAACCCUUUCGUGAGUCCGCCCUUCUGCGGUGGGAAGACCAAGCAACUACUGUAGCAACAACCAACGACAUCAUCCGCUAACAAAUCCCACCCGGUUCCCAGAACACAACGCUACAGUGAACCUUUAACCGAGUAGUCUUCUUCUCAGAUACGACAGUCAGUGUAUACAACUUAGAAAUACAAUUACCAACUGCAAUUGCCAGUAAGUAAACAUUUCUAUGGUCUGUACACCCAGUGGUUUUCUCGUUAAGCUGUUCAUUAUCAAUGCCUCAGUUAAUUCCCAUGUGAGAUCUCCAUAGCAUGCACCUUAGACAGACUUGUUACCCACCCCGUCAGAACACUGACCAUUUCUUCUAUGCUCAGCUUCAGUAUAAGCCUCACUUACAUGGUGAUAAAUGAGUAGUAAAUGAAAGUAGUCUCCGCGGACCACCGAAUGCCUCUCAGCUGUCACUCCCUCUCAUCUUAGUGCCGUCCGCCAGCUUCUUAGAAACGCCUGCGGGUUGUGUCCGGCGUGGAACCACGUCCCCUACACUGUGCCCUCCAUUUAACCAGGGCCCUGGUAGAACAUAGGGCCCUGGGCGAAAGGUAGGGCCUUAGUCUAGGGAAUGGAGUGCCAGUACGGACAAGGCCUCUUGACCUCUGCUGUUGUUUAGUCAUUGUUGUACUUAAGACUUCAUCGGACCCCAUUGCACUGUUAAAUCUUCCCUCCUCUUCAUCGAUACUCAUUACAAAAGUAAAACAAGUGGUUCUUUAACCUCAAACUGUAGGGACAGUCCUCUGGUCACACCUGUAUGUCUUACUGUGAUAGAGUCCAGAUGUUAGCUAAAAAUACAUUUUAGCCCAUGAUAGUGUUGCUACCUUUGCCUUUAUGUUUUUUUCGGUCAGUAAGACCUUCAUAAAGCCCUUACUGGUACUGUUUUUGACCUUGUACCACAGCCAUUUCCACUGUAACUGUGUGACUUUGAUAUUUUUGUAUAUAAAAACAGAACACCUGGUGCUUUGAAACACUAGCCUGCUUAAGCCAGGCUGAAUGCUGCACACCCUUGGUGAGAGCAUAUCAACUGGGAAGCCAGGCUACUGAAACUCCGCGUAAGGAAUCAUCAAGCUGUGAAGAACAAAAAUAUGAAGUUUUAAACCUGACACAAAUGUGUAAUUAUUUGUAUUUUAUUUGAUACCUUUCCUUUCUCUUUGUAGACUCUGUUUGUACUUCUAAAUUUUUAUGGUUGAGUACGUAGCUCAAAUACAGGAACAACUUUCAUGUUGUUGUAAUUCAGCUCUGUUCUUCAACAGUGUUAUAACUCAGUCUAAAGCACUUUGCAUUUGUUCACAGUGGUCAGUUAAAGAUGGCAAAGGUUCAAAAAGGUAAAUUAAGGGUCUUUUUUCUACUGUGUCUCUGUGUCCAGUGUAAAUAUGAUUUGUGUCCCGCAAGCCGCAUGGUACUUUAAGCAUGACCUGAAUAAAGUUUGAUGGGGAGAAGUGUCAUUUG